UUGUAAAAAAUUAACGCUUAGGUUUUAAGGUUUUUUUAUAAUUUAAGUAAAGUUUUGAUUUUGAACAACAACAUACAAAAUGUUUUUAUUUUUAAAGAAUCUAAGUGUUAAGUUUAAAGAUGUUGAAAACGUACCAGACCUAGCAUCCAACUCCUUUUGUGAUCCAUACUGAUUUGUAUUAUUGAAUGGGAGUUGUUGAUGUUUUCCAAGCUACAUAGCACCGCAAGAUUUUUUAAGUUUAAAGGAUAUUUUCUAUUAUUUCCAUGUUUUCCAAGCCCAACGGAAAUUCUUUUUUUAAGAGCAUCUUUAAUAAUUAGCAAACGUAAUAAUUAGAAAAAAGUUAUUCCAAAUUUACCAAAAUUGAAAAAUAAAACAGAUAAAUUUAGAGAAUAUAACUGAUUCAAAAUGUGAAGUAAGGUUAGACAAAACUGUAGGAAUUGUUUAUCUUGCUUUCUAUAAGCACUACACGAACAAGAAAUAAAAAUUAUAAACAUGAAGCUAAAUUAUAAACAAGAUUAGUAUUCAAAUAUAAAUUUUUUAUCCUGAUAGAGCUAAGCUAAUCGUUUUUCUCUCUAUGGAGUUAUGGAGGCUAAACACAAACGGUAGGGUUUCAAGUAAGGAGUUUUAUUUUCCACGGACUUUUUUACGUUUGGUUUAAAAUCGAAAACUUAAAAAUUCUAAAAAUAUCGGUUUAAACCAACAAAGCCGGCUUAAAAAGUUUUCGAUCUUAAACAUAAAAGUCGGCUUUUUGGAGACGAAAUAUAUUUUUCAUUAAUUGUAAAAAGGUAAUCCGUUUUUGAGAGCGAACGUGAGCCUGCUGACUACUCUUUUAAUAUAUUAGAUAAGUGCGACCACAAACAAUUAGCAGAAUAUAUAGUGACUUUGAAUGGUCUGCGCUACACAACCUAACAAAUUUAGGGUUUGACAAAAAAAAAAAAAAAAGAUGGAGAAACCAAAAAAGAAGAAGAGAAAAGGCAACCGAAAAAGAAGAAAGCAAUUGAAACUUACGUCGUCCUUUCCUAAAGAUCUAACCUCAGAAAUACUCUUAAGGCUGCCUUCGAGAUCAGUUUUGAGAUUCCGUUGCGUAUCGAAGCUAUGGUCAUCAAUCACCACCGACUCAUAUUUCAUCCGCUCUUUCGAGACUCGGUUCUUCUCAACACUGCAGCCGAGUCUUCUUGUCUGCGUUAUAGCAGAUGGGAAGCUUUUUGUUUCCUCAAUCCCUCAAGAUAAUCAGAACUCUUCUUACUCUUGUUGUCAGCCUAUUUAUCGUUACCAUAUGAAAUUCCCGCAAGGACAAUGUUACUGGCACCCUACGGAAUCUGUCCAUGGCUUAAUUUGUUUUCAAGUAUCAGGAGCCCCUGUAGUUUGGAACCCUAGCAAGAAAGAGUUAUUAACCUUGCCGAAACCCGAAAAGAGCUGGUGUUAUGUAAGAGUUUUUUUAGGAUAUGAUCCGGUCGAAGGUAAACACAAAGUAAUGUGCAUACCUUAUUUAAGAGGUUCUGGAGUGUGUCGUGUGUUAACAUUGGGAUCAGGUCAAGAAUCAUGGAGAACAGUCAAAACCAACCAUAACCAUUAUUCGGACUACAAUACGUUUGGUCGAUGCAUCAUGGGUGUUAUAUAUUAUGUAGUAGAUAUUUAUCAUAAGAAUGUUUGGGUUACAAUAAGUUUUCAUGUUAGAUUAGAAAAAUUUGGUAUGAUAGAUUUACCAUCGUGUAUUUAUAGGGACAUGUUGAUAAGCUAUGAGGGGAGGUUAGCUUUUGUUGAUAACGACGAAACCGGACGGAAGAGAAUGAAUAGUCAGAAACUCAAUGAAUGAAUAGAACCGCUUACUAUGUAAUAUAAAUUGGUUCAUUACCAGUUUGGUAAAAAAAAACAUGAAUUGUUCCAAGAUUCGCAUAUACCUUAUUUUGAAGUUAAAGUGAGCAGCACGACACAAAAGCCAUCUAAAUUUUAGAUGCAACACCCAAACCCUAUGAUCACUUCGCCACAAAUUUGAACCUACAUGAAACGACUUGAUCAU